CCAACAUUACCCUUCCCCCGCUGCGAUUCACAAUAGUACCACCACCAUUACCGACUAUGCCACUACCACCCAUAGACACUAUCCUUCAGCAUUUCUCUACAAACCACUCACUCCAUAUCCGUCCAACGUACCUACAAACUCUGCUAACCUCUCUCUCCUCUCAACGUCAGAUCCCUACCGGGCCUGCCCUCUUUGGCUGGCUCAAGUUCCGUAUAUUGUCCUCCGAUAUUACGGAGUCUUUGCAACCGUACGCAAACCUCUGUUUUCCGGUAAAUAUUACCGAUGGGGAUGUUCAGAGUACUGUCCUCCCUGGCCCUGUCGCAGUGCAGGUUGUGGGGAUAGAAGAUAUCGGGAUUUCCAAAAUCAACCAAAUUGAUCGGAUUGAGAUGGGUGAGAGAGGUGAAUUCAUGAAGGGUAAAGAAGUCAUAAGACUGGUCCCUGAAGAGGAAGGGGAUGAGGGUGGGGAAGGUGGGCCUGUUGCUGGUAGGCCUAAGGUGGUUGUCGCAGGGACUGGCCCUCAUAAACUGCUUAUGGAGGACGCCGGGGGGAGGGGGGUUUAUGGAAUUGAGCUUCAGAGUGUGCAGGGGAUUCAGGUCGAUAUGCCAAUGGGGGCCAAGAUGGUCCUGAAAAACGUCACCGUCGCCAGAGGAAUAUUGCUCCUCACUCCCGCCAACACUUUAGUCCUUGGUGGGAAAGUUGAGGCACUCAACCAGCAAUAUUUAGCGAACAGAAAGCAAGUCCUAAACGCUGCUCUCGAAAAAUUAAGAUCACAAUCAUGAUAAAUCACUCAUUAACAACCCCGUCGCUCCCCUUUCACAGACUAUCACUCGCAACAUCAACAAUGGUGAAGGCUUAAAUCAUACCUUUCGCUAGCCCUGGGGUCCUCCCAACUACGACGACCGCGUUCUAGUGGUAAAAGAAGGCUAGGCUAGGCGGUGUCUCACGUCUUUCCCAAGAGCAUCUUCAUCAUUGCCACUAUGUAAUAUCUGGUCACCCCGUAUGACGGAAGGGGAGGAAUGAAACUGAGGAAGAAAAACUCGUGUGCCUCUCUACCCCAGUGCACACACGUAAGACAUCCUCCUCUACUCGACUACAGCCAAUGAGAGAGAAGUGGACCAGAAACCUAUGAAAUCCAAAAAAAUAUGACCUGGAUGAGAGCGUUAGCAAGCCAAGGUUGUGCGGGGACAUUGCAGUGCAUAAUUUAUUGGGGGGAUGACAUAACCGAGCGGUGAGGGAAGGCACGAAUCAGCCGUGGCGGUUCAUCAGAAUAAAUGAUAAAUGGUGCCCUGAAGCAUCCACCACUCGGAAGGGAUACCAUAACUUGCAGAGCGUUUUUGGCGCCCAGUUGGCUGCGGGCGUGAGUCUUGGCAGGUUACACGUCACUUCGCACAUUCGAUCUGGAUUGCACAACCAGUUCAGGGUGUGGUAUGGAAUCUUCCUCAAACGUUGGACUUCUUCGCACCUUACACUUUUCUUCUAGCAUCAUGGUUGCACCGAUUCGAUACUCGUACAUGCACGGUAGCAGGCAAGAAAUACCUGAGCGCAGGGAUUGGAAAAAA